AUGGGUCCCCUUUCUCCACUGUGCCCUUGUCUCUAUCUAAUUCCUAGGAGGGAAAGCUUGAAGACUGGUAGGGAAGGCUCUGCCGCCAUUGUGCUCAGCCCAUCGUGGUCGUUGCUGUGCUCACCUCCAUUUGUCACCCAGAGGAAAUAUCAUCUAUCGCUGCCACCAUGCCCACCUGCAUCUGUCACCUGGAGGGAAAGUUGUCCAUCAUCGCUACUGUCAUCUGUUUGCUGCUGCUGUGCCCUUCUAUGUUCUAGGCCCUAUCAAGUCACUCUUCCUUCUCUCUCUCUCUCUCUCUCUCUCUCUCUCUCUCUCUCUCUCUCUCUCUCUCUCUCUCCCUCUCUCUCUCUCUCCCACUCUCUCUCUCUCUCUCUUUCUCUCUCUUUCUCUCUUCUCCCUUAACCCCCUAUGAUGGGCUAGACUAUUGGGCCCAAUAUAAUCAUCCCAUUAGCAGGCUGUGUCCUUUAUAUAAAUUCAAAUAAAGCUAGGAAAAAUUAUAUUUUUCCAACUUCUGUCUUUUUUGUUAUUUAUUUUCAAUAAUAAUAAAGAAAUCAAUAUUUCUCAAGGCUGUAUGCCUUGGACUGUCAUGUUAGUAUUUGAGUUCAAUCAUCAAAUGGACAUUUCUCAAAAAUAAUUGUAAGUUUAUACAAAAAUUCAUUAAAUUUUUUGUAAAAUCCAUUUAUUGUUUUAAAUUUAAUUUUAAUAUAUUUGAGCUUAGUUAAUGCAAUAUUUACUAUCAUUUUUCUUCAAUUAUUACGCAAAAAUUAAACACUAAUAGGUAGCAUGAAGAGGUAUGUAAUUCUAAUUGAUUCACAACUUGAAAAUUGAAACUAUUUUUUGUCCAAAAAUGAGUUCAAAACAAAUUAAAAUUCUUAUAUAUUUAUGGUUUUUGGGAUUAAAGUUAUAUAAUGAUCAAUGAUUUGUGUUGGUGAUGCCUUGAAAAAUUAUUUUUGAAACAUAUAUAUGUCUGAAAUAUUAAGUUGUUAUAAAUUAUUAAGUUGAUUCAAAACAUAAAUAUGUUUCAAAUUUUUUUAAAACAAAUUUCUAUUUUGAAGAAUAUUUUUAAAAUUAUUAAGUUGUUAUAAAAUUGAAAUAUGAAACUAUUUAUACUGAUAAAUUAGUCCAAAAUAAAAUCUUGUUAUUUAUGACUAUUUUUUGGACUUAAAUUGUGUGAUGAAAGAUGUUUUGUACUAAUGGUUGAAUGAUGACUUAGGUUUGAAUCACAUGAUGUGUGAUAAACUUAAGUAGACAAUCAAAAAGUAGUACAUGAAUCAAGACGAAAUUUAGGACCCACUUAUGAAACAUUGUUAGCCAAUGACUGAUGAAUUAUUGUAUAAAUUAUGAGUCUUGAUAACAUAAUAGGAAACUGACGAGUGAUUAAAUUAUGCUCAAAUAUUGAUAUAAAAAUUCUAAUGAUUUUCACCUUCUAUGUGUAGGAAAAUGAUAUAAUCGAUUAUGAUUACUAUUCUUAUAUUCUCAUAUCUUCUAGAUAAAUUAUAGUCACAAGACAAAUAAUAUUGAAAACAAGAGAAACCAAGUACUUGUUAGAAAGAUAUAAGUGA